CGUGUUAUUACGUAAACAAGUAAUUGAAUUAUCAACUUAGAUAAUUUAUGUAAAGAAACAUUUAGUAGCUACGAGUAGCCAGGCUGGGAUUUCCUCGCUCCCUCGUUAAAAGUCAAGGGAGCGACUCUCAAAAGCUGCCGUCCGGUGAGAAUAUUACACCCCUCUUUUCCUCCAGAUGAAUUUGUUGCAGACCCCUCACACUGGAUGAAGUUGUCAUCUAUCUGGCGUGAAGUUACGUACGUGAGCGUUACGCCAGCAGUGGGCGGAUCUGUGGUAACCAGUAGCUGGAUGAGUGAUCUCCGUCGGCGUUAGCCAGAGAGAGGCUAGCAAUGACGGAUAGGAUUAUUCCUGCCGGGGUCUGGAUCGUGAGGCAGCAGACAUGAUUUCAUGGAGACCACCCUACAAGACCUGAGCUGAUUUGUCAGCCCUGUGUAGGUUUGGUUUUCAUCCCCCCCCCCCCAAGUGUCCUCUGGAUAUCAGCUGACCAUGGUGGUCUGAACGAAGGAGACGCAGGGAGAAAGCCUGGAACGGUGUGUGUUCACUCUAACACAGCAAGGAAAGCGGCAGAGACGGACCGGAGCAAAGAGGGAAAACAUAUUUAAACACAAAAUGUCUCAAAACAGAGAACUGGUGAUUUUCUAUAUAAACUAUAAACUCUCCCAGAGGGACUAUCCUCUCAACAUGGGACUCAGAGAGCCUCCGAACAGGACUGAUGAAGGGGAGGCUGGGGUGGGUGAGGAACAGCGGGUAGAAACGCACGCCAACGGGACUUUUAACGGCACGAGUCCCAGUACCCCUCCAGGAUCCCCGCCACGGCAGCAACAGCCACCAUCAGUGACGAACAUGGACGCGGUGAAAGAAGCCCUCCGAGACUCGGCCAACGAGUUCGAACUACGAUACGCCCGCGCCUUCAACGACCUGCACAACCAGCUCCACAUCACGCCGGCCACAGCCUACCAAAGCUUCGAGAACGUGAUGGACGAGGUGUUCCGGGACGGAGUCAACUGGGGCCGCAUCGUGGGGCUGUUUGCUUUCGGCGGGGCGCUGUGCGUCGAGUGCGUGGAGAAGGAGAUGAGCCCGCUGGUGAGCAGGAUUAUCGAGUGGAUGACGGUCUACUUGGACAUCCGCAUUCAGCCGUGGAUCCAGAGCCAAGGAGGAUGGGAGCGCUUCGCCGAAAUCUUCGGGCAGGACGCGGCGGCGGAGGGCAGGAGGUCUCAGGAGAGCUUCAAGAAGUGGCUGCUGGCGGGGAUGACCCUGGUGACCGGGGUCGUGGUGGGCUCGCUCAUCGCCCAGAAACGCCUGUGAAGGGGAGACGCUUCACGUCAGUUUUUAGGUUAACCUACAAUCCGCAGUGGUUGAAAUGAAGGUCCUGUUUGUCUCGUCAGAACUGCUGAUGAUGUUUACUUUUUUGGUUUGGUUUUUGUUUCUCCUUCACGUGUCGACCGCACGGUGGACAAAAGAAUCAUCACGUGUGGUUGAACCUUGAAGAAAAAGACAGAAGAUGUUUCAUUUGUUCACCCUGAUGGAAAAAAUCUGUGAUUCCACAGAUGUUAUUCUUUUGUUCAAUGAACCAGUUGUUCUUUUUUUUUUAUUCCCUCCUCUCCUGGUUCCUGUAUCAUUUUUCUUUCUUUCAGUUGUAUUUAAUAGUUUUAACAAUUUUUUUUGUUUUCUCCCACUCUCAAAAACUGACUCCAGUCUUCACAGUUAACUCAAAUCUGUGUGAUUAGAAAGUGUCAGUGUGUCGUGGGGCCCGGGCCGCUCUACAUGUCUCGUCUUGAAGCUUUUGUUUUGUCGCUCGUCCCCACAGACAGCUCUACAAUAGCUUUGUAUGUGCCAUAUGGAGAGUGAAAGCAGGGGAGGAUGUAGCACCUGCCCCUGAACAGCUUCUGUAGUUCCCCACGUUUCCCUGCCAGCCAUCCCUGUCACCAACACGUACACUAUGACAUCAUAAUCCACGACUCCUCCGUACGCCGGUUGUUCUGUCUUGCCCUGUCCUCCAUGCUCAUUGGUUUUGUACGAACGCUGAACAGAUUUUUCAGUUAAUAAAACCCAGGAGUCUUAAAGUAAGAAGCUAACUGGGGGAAGAACUCCUUGGUUUGUGUUUGUUGCUGCGCUUUGGAUUUGUGAACCAUUAAAACCCCUCACUGCUCCCUCUGAUCUGUGCGUCAUCAUCAUACUUGGCCUUGUUUUUUUUUCAUUUUUUCAUUUAUUUUUUUAUCCUGUUUGUAUUCGGUCGGCCUGCUGAGAACCAGACCGCUGUGUGUGGCGACUUCUCAAAGUUCAUAGAGGCAGGGCGCCGUGGCUCAGAACCCUCCCAUGUUUACUACACAGUAGCUGAAGAAUGCAGCAAAAUACUGUAGCAACACACACAACAGAUGGAGCAGCACCGACCGCAGCAACACUCGGCAUCAAAGGCGUACUAAUGUCAGCUGGAUUAAGGGUUGGAUACUCGAAUUUGAACCCCCUCAAUUGAAUAAAAGGGUUAUAACGCACUACAAUAUGGCUAUGCGGACAUUUCUGAGCGUUUAUUAAUGUGUUCAGCAACAAUUAAAACUCCUAUGACGCAUCCAUAACAGUUAAUCAUCCUCAUAGAUGUUCAUAUUAGGCUGAUAACUCAUUAUUUUUGAGGAAAAUAAACAAACAAACAAUCUGGAUAUGGAUCUCUUAGAUAUUUAUGUGACCGCGAUUCACACUGAGCAAGAUGUUCUUUCCUCUGAGGUGGACAAAACAUGAUGUGUUCAUACUCCAGUUAUAGAUGCUAAGUUCUAGUUGUUGAGACGACACGUUCAUAUAAAUUAAUAUCCUCGUAUGAGUUGAUAUUACAGUGUGUUAGAAACGUCCUAUAGUUUAUGGAGCUGGAUCGUGCAACAUUUUUAAUCAACCAAAAUGACAAAAACACACUGAUUCCUGAUUUUCUCUUUUGCUAUUGAAUUGUGUAAUUUUAUGUAAAUUAAAUAUCUCUGGACAUUUUUCUACUAUUUUCUGACAUUUUAUCAUCUAAACAAUAAAUUAAUCCCCCCAGUAAAACAAAGUUUGAUCAUGCUAAGGUGGCGGUUCAAAGAAAUGUUAAGUCAUUUACACCAUCGUUUUGCAAUAAAAUCCUAAUCAUGUGCUGCAACGCUCGACCUGAAGACUAGCGUUUAUUUCUGAUUUCAAGUCAUUCCUCAUGUCCAUGUUAUCAGAGUGAACGUCACGGCCUUUUGAAGAUGUAUGUAGCAAACUGAUGAAGCAGCUGCAGUUGUGCGUCACGUGUUUGAGUUGGAUCUGAUUGGAUGUGUCUGUUUACCAUCUUAAACCGAUCGGCAGCUGUCAGUGGCUGUAUGACCGUAAAACUACACCCCCCCCCAAAACCUUCAUCUCCCAUCUCUCACGCGCUCACUCCAGGUUAUCCAUGCAUUGCUUUCACAGUCCGCCCCCUCCCUCUGCCUCCACUUUCCUCCUCCUCCGUCCUCCCCAGACACCACAAAUCUGUCAAAAUCUCCAUCCGUAUCUCCUCCUCCUCCUCCUUUCCCCUCUCUCCAUCCAGCUCCACCUCUUCCUCUGCGCUUCCCCUCGGCUGUCACUGCACCUAGUCACGUGUGUCAGUCACAGCUGGCCCACCUGCUGCUUCACGCAAACGCACAUCGGCACGUACGCCACGUACACACCUGUCAGUCAGACAUGUCAGUCCACGAGAGAGAGAGACGGCGAGAGGAAGACCUCCUCUUUGUUUCCGAACAUCUUCUCCAUCUUUAAUUUAAAGCUGAAGUCGGAGGAGUGUUUGUCGCCUGGUGUUUCACGCACCAACAACUGGCAGCUUGAUUAAUUUACUGGGAAGGGAGGGAAGAUGAGGUGUACCCCCCCCCCCCUUCCAGUGCUUUAAACUCCAUCUUAUUCCAAAUACUGUCUCCAGCUAACAGCAACCUGUCCUGGUUCUGUUCAUGUGUGUUACAGCAGCUCAAUGAAGCACAAUGGUGCAGGACAGAGACAGACAGACAAAGAAGGGUUCAGCGCUAGAUCGAGCCAUGUGUGGAACCCACACAUGAAACAUCCAUCACUUCCAAAGUCUAAUAUCCGGGCCUCCAUCUUCAAAGCAGGACUCACCUCUCUUCAUCCAUGCUGCUCCAUAAUCCACAUCAUCAUCAUCAACAUCAUCACAUGCAUCUCUCUCUCUCUCUCUACAGUCCUGAUUGUUCCCCUCACCACAAAAUAUUUGACCAAAUCUAAACUGCUUCGACUUCACCCUCCAAAUGUGUCCGGAGCUAUCUUAAUACUAGCCAAGAUCUGCUCUCAUAACAUUCCAGUACAGUAUAUAUCUAUUUUUCUAGUGUAAGCCCCGACAAAGAAGCUGCUCGCAGGCUUUUCUCUGCUGUCCUGGCCCCCCUCACUGAAACAAGUCCCCUUCCUACACAUAUGUGAGAGUGAGAGCGUGUGUGUGUGUGUGUGUGUAAGUGUGUGUGUGCAUGCGUGUGAAUUUCCGUGUGGCAAAAUGUUUUUUCGAAGGAGGCACAAAUGAAGGAAGUGUGACAGCAUUGGCACGAUCCUAUAUAUAUGCUAGUUAUUUAAACCGAUUAGAAUAGUACGUUAGCUUAGUGACAUAUUUAAUAAAAAACAGAACUGAUGGCUUUUAAACAUUAUUUAUAUUUGGUGUAAAAAGCAUCAUCGUGCCCCUUCAGAUUGCCUUAAAAACUCCAUCUUUACAUUGAUGUGAAUUGUCAUUGGCUGUGUUUUUUAUUUGAUUUUAUUUAGUUCACAAAAACAUUUUUCUCAGAUUAUUGGACUGUCGCUAGAGGAAUAUUUUCAAAAAAAAAAAAGUUAGCUCUCUGAUUUAUUGGUCAUAAAAAUAGAGAGCUAAAGAUCGCAACCGUGUCCAAUGGUCUGUUUUUGUCUUAGAAUGCCAUUGUAAAAAUUCAAAUUACACUGAACCUAAUAAAGCUCCUGUUGAAAGUUG